AUGCGGCGCGCCAGAAUCGCCGCCGUGUACGUACUCAAAGGCAGCUACCGCAUACAUCGACACCGCUUCGGCCUCACUGAUAGCAUCAUCUGGCUCUGCCACGUCUCCUCGUUCCCACUGGCGGCGUACCUCUCCGAGUCCUUGCCGUGGCAACAAGUCGACCCGACACUUCUUGCGAUCGCCGUCGUCGUCUACGGCCCGAUCAUCGCGUCCAUUACCGGUCAUGUCGCCGAAACCAAGAAGCGGAUGGCGCCGUUCUGA